AUUCUAGAAUGCAGCACAUUCUAGCUGCUUUCUGACUGUAUCCAUACAAAAUGCUGUGAAUUGACCCAUAGGACUCCCAAGUAGACUCGAACCAGCCACCAUGCAUGUGUCUCCUUCAAUGGUGCUAUUGGCGGAGUUACCAUCUUGGCUUCUUGCUAGUACUAGCUACUACAUGUAGUACCGGUACCUUGUGCAUGGCGCCAUUUCGAGGACAUGUGAGACAUGUCAUACUGACGAAAGAGAGAGCUAGUUUUUUAUUGAGUAGACGAGUAGUUGUUUUGGUGGCCUUUGCAUCACAAUUACUGUAACCAUGCCGUAGCCAUUGCAUGGACAGUCAAUCAACCCACAAGUAAGUGUGUUGGCACCAUGCCAGCACAAAGGAAUUUGAAAGAAACUGAGGAAAAAGAAAGAAACUGAUUCUUGAGAAUCAGCAUUUUCGAUGACGGGAUUCUUAAGAAUCCUCUUUCCCCAGAUUCCUCGCACCAGGUCUCCAUUUAUUUGCAUACCGGUAUUUGCAUACGCGAUGUUGAACUUCGACGAUCGCGAGCGUGUGCGGCAAGAAGAAGCUGUGAACCAAAACUGACGUACCAGGUACCCCCUUCUCAAUCAAAGAACCAGUGAGUCGAUGCCAACAACAUCAAGCCAACAUCACACACUCUGGUCUCCACACUCCCACAGCAAGCUGCCGCGAAGAUGAUUGUUUGAUGAGGAUGAUACUACGUACCGUACAGCAAUGCAAGUAGCGGGCACCAAUGUCGUUCUUCCAGGGUAUGAAUCGCAGUUAACAGGCGAAGAUGCUGUCCUUCACUCCCAGAGAAAACUGCAGGCUGCGGCUGCCAAUCUGGAACGUUUGUUGGAACAGCAACAGCCACUGCCGUCGCGUUCGAUAGUGUCCCUACCCUGUACCAGAGCCGAAGAAACUGUGGGAUAUCGGUGCAAAUGCAGUUUUCAACUACUGAUCCAAGAGAAAGAACGCGACACUCAGCAGCGCCAUUAUCAAUAUGCCAUGCGGUAUCAAGGGCAAGCAGAAGCUAUUGGAUCGCCCUUCUUUCCCAUUGCCAACCCAAGGAUUCAACGAGCCAUGCAACAACUCUUGGAAUUGGUUCUGAAUAAUAAUACUGCAGCAUAUCCAGUCUUGGUGAAUAAUGAAAGCUUGACGAGCCUGACAUUUGCUGCUUCUUGGGGACCGGAUGAUGACAGAUCAACCAACGAGGAUGCUGUUCAAUCCGAUUGCAUUGUGACUUUGAACUAUGACGCUGCCGUAGAGAAUGCAGAUCAAUGGAUCAAAGAAGCCCAUCAAGUGUGUCAGCUCUUGAAUCUCACACAAUUACACGGACGGUCGCGGAAAAUAUUGCUCUCUGCCAUUCCGCUGACGGGGACUGGGUCCAGUCUGGGAAAUAUCCUUCGUGACACCAUUUAUCUGAUACCACCACCACCAUCCAAUGAUAAUAAUAUCCAUGCCGCCUGGAAAGUCUCGUUGGCAACACCACAACAGCCUAUAACAAGUCAGGCCAUUGCAGUUCAUUAUCAUAAACCAGAAACUGCAUUCUUUCAUCCCAAUGCCAAUGUCAUGUGUCAAGCCUUGGCAUGGAUGCUCGAACGAAUUUCACUGACUGCGACAUCUUCCACACUGCCAGAAAUCCAUCUUUUGGAAAUGUACUGUGGAUGUGGGGCUCAUACCAUGGCCCUGGCCAAAUCAAACUUGCUCACAUCCAUCAUGGCAGUGGAGUUGGACCAACGUUUGGUGGAUGCCUGCAAAGUUAAUGUGCAACUCAAUAAUAUUGUUGUCAAAGACAAUGAUAGCAACCGGCAACAGCAGUCCAUAAUGUCACCGGUCCAAGUGGUCCGUGGAGAUGCGGGUCAAUGGGCCCACAAGAACAUGAUGAAAAGGAAAUCGUCAUCAUCAGGUCAUCGCGAGUGCGAGUACAGUAUCCUCCUAGUAGACCCACCUCGCCAAGGAUUGGAUAAGAAGGUUGUGGACUUGGCAAUUCACGACAAGAGCCUCAAUGACAUGCUCAUCAUUUCUUGCGGCCACGAAGCCCUUGUGAGAGAUCUCAAGCUGCUUGGCAAGUGUUUUGACGUUAUCAAUUGCAGGCAACUCGAUCUCUUUCCCAGAACAGACUCUGUAGAGACACUGGUGCAUCUGAGGAGGAGACUUGGCGGGGAGAACAAGCGAUGAUGCAAUAUAUUUCUUAACUCCAUUUAGUUUGGCUGUACUGUAACCACGAACUUGUAGCUACUGUUCUGAUGUGCAACU